AUGAAGUAAAUUUAAAGUUAAGCUAACCAUUAACUAAUUGGAAGGAUUCCAAAUUAAUUGAGUAUAUAUAAUUAAUUACUAAGGUAGUUCAUAUAGAAAAAUGAAUGAUCGAAUCCUUGCAUAUAAAAAUAGAAUUUAAGUAACAAAAGAUAAUAAUUAAUUUGACUUAAUAAUGAUUACUCCAGGAUAUUUGAAAUGCAAUAAAUAUUAAUAUAUGUUUAAUUGGAAAAUCAACUUUAUUGAAAGUUCCAUUUGCUAAUAUUCUAAAGAAGAAUUUUAUUAAAUUUAUUUGUACAAUUGUUUGCUUUUUGCGGAUUGCUAUAAAUCCAAUAGUCUAUCAUAUAUACAAUAGAAAUAUCGAACUUUCGAUUCAUAUUUUGAUCCUAACAAUGAGAAUAGAAAUAAUAUUCUUUUAUAUGGAGAAAACAUGAAUGAAUUUAAUGAAUUUAAGCUAUAAAAUUCAGCUCAAAAUGGUUUUUCAGAUUUUAAUCGAAUUUAUGUAAACAAAAGAAAUCCAUUUGUUUCCUUUUCAGUCUAUGAUAUUAUAAAUAGUAAUGACAAGGCAAUUACAUUUUUUUAGAAAUUAGUGCAAUAAAAAGCAUUUUAAAAAAUAGAAGAAGCAUUAAAAUAUUAUGGAGUAAAUCAGAAUGAGAUUGAAGAAUUGAAUGUUCAUGAAUUAUUUCAUUUAGAAAAGCUUGUUCCUGGAAAUGUGUAAUCAUAUAGAUAGAAUUACCAAACUUAUCAUGAAUAUAUUGCUUUUAGUGCUUAUACUUUACAUGUUAAUUAAUUUCAUAGAAAUGUUCCUAAUAUGGCUUUUAGCACUAAUGAAUGUGAAUAAUGUAACUCAUUUAAUCCAUCAGAGUAUUGCACCUGUUUAAAGCCUGUCUAACCUUUAAAGUAACCCUAAUUAAUACCAAUAUAAUAAUUGUAGGAAUACCCUUUAAAUUAUUAAACAUAUGAUAUUAUAUGCAUUCUUUUUCAUUCAUUAAUUUGCUAAUUAAAGAUUUGGAGUUAUCAAGAUUCUGUUGAAAGUAUUUUGAAUUAUAAUGUGGCUGAGGAAGCUCUGGUGACCUCUUUUUCAAAUUAUAAAAGAAAUUAUGAAAAUUUAGAAUUGUUGGGUGAUUCUGUUUUAAAAUAUGUAGUAACAGUAGAUAUUUUUAAGUAAUUUGAAAAUUUAGAUGAAGGAGAAAUGACUUCUUUACGUAGUCGUUUAAUAAUGAAUACAUACUUAGCUUAAUUAUUUGAAUAAUUAGGUCUAGAACAAUAUAUAAUAAAUUAAGACUUGCAUUUUAAAUAAAUUCGAAAUCCAUUAGUCAAUGAUAUGGUGUCGAGUGAAAAUAAGUAAUUAUAAACUAGUCAAAAAGCUGAUAUUUAUGAAGCUAUUAUUGGUGGAGUCUUUGAUACUACUUAAAGUCUUUAUGAAUAUAUUACUAUUUUAAGAAAAACAAACUUUCCAAUCUCUUAAUACUAAGAUAUUCUAUUUGAUUUUCAACCAAUUACAGAUUCUAUUCAGCCAAUACAUAUCAAAGACUAUUAAUUCAAUAAUCCUUAACUAUAUUAAAUUGCUAUCAAUCCAUCAUAAUAUGAUAGAUUAGAGUUUUUAGGAGAUGCUGCUAUUGAAUUACUUGUUAUAUCUUAUGUCUUUAGAGUUGCAAGAGAAAAAUAAUAGAAAAAUCCUAAUUGGACUUUAGAUCCAGGCUUAUUAUCAAAUUGGAAAUAAUAAUUGUUAGGAAAUAAAUUUAUGGGAGAACAAACCAUUAGUAUGGGAUUAAAGCCUUCUGUUGAUGAAAUACCAAAAUUAUAUGGAGAUAUAUUUGAAAGUAUUGCAGCUGCCAUUCUUCUUGAUAGUGGAUGGAAAGGAUUGAAUUAAGUGUAUGGUACCAUGUAUAAAACAUAUAUGGAUUAAAUUAUUGAAUAAUGAUAUAAUUAUUUAA